AUGGUGAUGCUGCCAUGGCGCACAGCGCACUGGCUGUCCAUUUGCUUGGUCGAGGUCACUGGUGCCACUGCUGCUCUCUCGCAGAUAAAUGAGCAGAACUCGCAGAAUUAUUGCAGCUCCCUGCCGCUGCCACAGCUUCGACAGUCGACGUACCAUGAGCUGCUGGGGCUGUUUAGCCACCAUAUCGCCAGCUACAUCUUCAUAGAUGUACACGACUAUGGUGCCGACCAACAGCAACACGUUCGUUCAUCCAUGGCGCUCGCCAUCCAAGAGUUGGGAAACCUCGAAACUUGGCUCGAUUUGGCAAAUGUCUUUCAAAAUUCACAGGACGAUGUGGCUUUAUAUUGCCCCCAUGUUGAGCAUGAGUUGUCCUUGGUGAUCAGGAAGCUGCUUCUCCCCACGGGGGUGCUGAAGGAAUGGACGGCAGUGAUUCUGUACAACCUCAGGCAUGCACCGUCGUGGCUCAGUCCACCUUCCCGAGUGGAACUGCUUGUCAAGCACACGCUCGGGCAUGUUCAGCGAGUCAAAUGGCCGUCUGCUGAGACCUUGCUGACAUCUCAUCCAUUAGCAAACUCCUGGCCGUUUCCACGCUUUGAGCUCGAUGAUGUGAAGCAAGGUCUGUGGCGUUAUCUGGUAGAAAGAUUCAAAGACUUGGAGAUUUGGACGGGCACCCAGACUUUGCAAGACAUGAAGGUUCCCGAGUUCCUCAUGACGGGCCACCCAUUUUACGAGGGCUUGGAGACUGCCAUGAGCAAAAUGUGCCGAUUUGUGCUGACAGGGGAUUUGUUGCGGCUGAAUGAAACAGCGCUCCCACCCUUUGCCCAGCACCUUGUUCUCGCAGAUGAGGAGUUGGCCUUGGAGUUCGAGCGGCCACAGCGACACUGCUAUCUGCUGGCCUGGCGAUUUGAUGCGGAUCUCUCUGCCUCAGCACGCAGGGUCAUUGAAAGGGGCUGCAAGAUUGACCAAUUCUGGAGCGAUAAAUUGGUGGAGGCAGUGGGUCACUCACGGCUCUUGGGCCCCUUAGAAAGGGCACGUUUCUUGACCACCUCAGCAAUUGCUGCCGAAGUGGUUCAGGUUGCUAUGGGAGAAUUCUUCUUCCGGCAGCUGCAAACCUUCAGUGUCGAUGUGGCAGAGAUGUUGUGCGAGGCGCUGGAGCUGACGCGGCGGUUGCCCGGGAUUUACCUGGAGAUUGGGGUCUUCAAGGGCGCCAGUGCCUUCGUGGUCUUGCAGUAUCUGGAGCGACAAAGAGCUAUAUCUCGCCCGGUAGUGCUGAUGGACACCUUUAGCGGUUUCAACUAUUCGGAGGCAGCGGACAGCAUGGAUCGUGGCUGGCAUGGAACACACAAGGUGUUUGCAGAUCCAAUGGAACACAUGAACUAUCUUCAAGACUUUCUGGGGCAGACAUCAGUGCCCUUUACGCUCUUGCAGGCGAAUAUAUUGAGUGAUGAUGUCCCACAUGAGGAUAUUGCAGUAGCCAACAUUGACGUGGACAUGUUCGAAACCACCCUGGCAGCAUUGACGAAGGUGGCUCCACGAAUAGUCCUUGGAGGAGUGAUCCUAUUGGAAGAUGUGACAGCAACGCCCUUGCUGACAGGCUCUCUGGCAGCUUUGGAUGAGUUUCUUGAGUCCAAAAAUGGCCUCGACUUCAGCAAGCUGUUGACACGUGGAGGAGUGUUAUUGAUUCGCGUGAAGAGCCAUGACGUGGACGUGCCAACGAGCUGCGAGAGUGAAAAAUCGUUGGCUUUGCAGAAUUGCUUUGACCAUCUUUGA